AUGGCUCAUCCUGGGAGAAGAGGCUAUGAUAACCGGGAGAUAGUGCUGAAGUACAUCCAUUACAAACUGUCACAGAGGGGAUAUGAUUGGGCUGCCAAUGAAAACAGAGGACCAAUUUCUCCAAAUCUCUCUCCCCCUACUGUUGCUGGGACCUCAUCUGACCAUGCUGGGCUGGUGUCUCUGCCCCCUGGCUCGGCUGCUGCUGCUAGUAACGUACCCCUUGGUGAUGGGCUGCGCCCAGCACCGCAGGCUGUUCUCUUGACUCUGUGCCAAGCUGGAGAUGAAUUUUCCCGCCGCUACCACAGAGAUUUUGCCCAGAUGUCUGGCCAGCUGCACUUGACCCCAUUCACGGCCAGGGGGCGCUUUGUGGCGGUGGUGGAGGAGCUGUUCCGAGAUGGGGUUAACUGGGGAAGGAUCGUGGCCUUCUUUGAAUUCGGUGGUGUGAUGUGCGUGGAGAGCGUUAAUCGGGAGAUGUCGCCUCUUGUGGACAGCAUUGCUGUGUGGAUGACCGAGUACCUGAACAGACACCUACACAACUGGAUCCAAGACAACGGAGGCUGGGAUGCCUUUGUGGAAUUGUACGGCAGCAACAUGAGGCCUUUGUUUGAUUUCUCCUGGAUCUCUUUGAAGACUAUCCUAAGUCUGGCUCUGGUGGGAGCUUGCAUCACCCUUGGCGCUUAUCUGGGACAUAAGUGA